UGCUCUCUCUCUCUCUCUCUGUUAGAUAAAUAAAUAAAAUCUUUAAAAAUAAUUUUCUAUCUACUAUGAAAAUGAAACAUGAUUUAAGAUUGAAUCAGUUAAUUAAAAUGAUUCUACUUUAAAAAAAUAAUUUUUCCUAUGUCAUUUGAGGGAGUGCCAGUUUUAUUACUUGUUGCUUAUUUCUACCCAUAAUGCUCAUUGUAAGGUGUUUUUUUUUUUUUUUUUAUCUUAUUAAGAAUAGUAUUUGGUAAGUCAUAGACUCUGGAGGCAUGAUGGGGUCAAAAUGCCUAUCUCCACUUUCAGUGUAGACCUCUCCCAGAUUUAUAAAUUUAGCCCAGUUCUCUUUUCAUCUCUAGACCUGUGUACUUCCUGCCUCUUCUGUGUUUUAGAUGUUCAGAGGCAUUGCAAACAUAAUACCUUCAAUAUUUAAUUCUUGAUUUCUUCUGCAAGUCUGCUGCCUCAGUAUCUCAGUACCUCAAUAAUCUGAUCUCUUUUUCACCUUCUUCUUACCUCAGAAAUGAGGGCUGUUCUUGACACCUCUCUUCUGCCCCACCUGCCCUCCUCACCCCAAAUCCAUUCAUGUACCCCUCUAAUCUUAUGGAUCAUCAUUAAUUGCCUGUACUGCUUUAGUAACUUCCUAACUGGCUUCCCCAUUCCUAGUCAUCUGAUUUUUCCAUGUGUUUUCUACACAGCAGGAAGAGUGAUUUUUCAUGCAAAUCUGGUGUCACUUAUUUACGACAUGGCUUCGUUUUUGUUUUAGGAUAAAAUCUAAACUUAAAAGACAGACUCUAAGCCUCCCUCUACCACUUGUACUGUUCUCUCCAUUGUUUGCUAUGCUUUAGCCACAUUAUCUCUUUUUUAGUUUUUCUGGUUAAUUAGUUUCAUUCCCAGCUUAGGGUAUUUGCACAUGCUGUUCCUGUUCUUGGAAUACCCACUCCCCCUCUCUCUUUCCACAUGGUUAACACUAAUUCUUCAGUUUCAAUUUAAAUGUCAGUUUCUUGGAAAAACCUUGCUCUUUGGCUUGCGUCUUCUCAUAAUAGUUGUGUAUCUUUCAGAGCAGUCACCAGAAUUUAUAAUUUCUCUAAUCAAUUCUGAGAUUACCUUUAAGGUCCAUCUUAUAACUCUAAAUAACAUGAAAGUAGGGACCAAGUCUGUUUAGUUCAUUGCUGUAUUCCUAGUACCUAAUGCGUUUAUGAGCUGAAGAAUAUUUGGUGUGUGACUUAAAGAAAGAAAGAAGUGCUGUUGCUGUCCCUGCUUUUAAAGAUGACAAAAUUAAGCCUUAAGAACGUGGUUAAGUAACUUGACCAAGGUUACACAGCUAGUUGGGGAUAGAUGUGUUCAUUCAUUCAUUCAUUCACUUAUACAUUCAUUAAAUAUUUUGGGAUGUAUUUAUGUCAGGCCACAUGGUCGGCCCUACAAGUACCAUAGUGAGCCCAAAUAAUGUCCCAGGUGGGGGACAUCGGUGGUGUUGUGGGGGAAACAUUCAUUAAGUGAGUAAACCACAAAUAAAAUCUAGGUGUGGAGGUGGCAAGGAUCAUACAGUGCUGUGACUAGCAGUGGCCAAAGGAAGCUGUUUUGAGGAGGUAACAUUUAAGCUGAGGCUUCAUGGUGAAGCCGAGCCAAUGCUUUGAAGAGUUGGGGGUGGGGGUUGCAUGGCUCUAAAACUAAUUAACUGUUGUGCUCUUCUUUGGAUUUUAUUCCUAGUAGGUGUUUAACUUAACUGGAUUAUUUAUAUCUAUUUUACUCCGCUAUGUAUUUGAAGUGGCAAAACUAGUUCCAUUCGCUGCCAUUUUUUAGGGAAGCAAAAUGUUAUUCAUUGUAUAGCCAGAGUUUGUAAAUGGAGUAAUGUGUGAUGGAUUAAAGGUGUCUACAAGUUCUUUCUCAUUUUUCUUUCAGUAGGUUAAGUCUGUUUGCCCUCCACUUGAGUCUGUGUUGCCCUUGUGAUUUGCUUUGACAAAUGGAAUAUCCAAAAAACUUAUUGCAGGAGCGACUGGGACAUCACCUUCUAGAAGUAAUGCCCACAGAAAGCGGGAGUUGCUCCACUGCUCGCCAAGCAAAACAGAAACGCAAAUCUCACAGCCUUUCUAUACGAAGAACUAACAGCUCGGAGCAAGAGAGGACGGGUCUGCCAAGAGAAAUGUUAGAAGGACAGGAUUCUAAGCUGCCUUCCUCGGUUCGCAGUACACUUCUGGAACUGUUUGGUCAAAUAGAAAGAGAGUUUGAAAACCUUUAUAUUGAAAACUUAGAAUUGCGUAGGGAAAUCGAGACUCUUAACGAACGUUUAGCUGCUGAAGGACAAGCGAUCGAUGGGGCGGAACUGAGUAAAGGCCAGCUCAAAACGAAAGCCAGCCACAGCACCAGCCAGCUUUCACAGAAGCUGAAGACCACUUACAAGGCCUCCACCAGCAAGAUCGUCUCCAGCUUCAAGACCACCACGUCGAGGGCCGUGUGCCAGCUCGUGAAGGAGUACAUUGGCCACAGGGAUGGUAUCUGGGACGUCAGUGUGGCGAGGACACAGCCCGUGGUGCUGGGCACCGCGUCUGCUGAUCACACGGCUCUGCUGUGGAGUAUAGAGACGGGGAGGUGCCUCGUCAAGUACUCGGGCCACGUGGGGUCAGUAAAUUCUAUAAAGUUUCAUCCGUCUGAGCAGUUGGCUCUUACUGCUUCUGGAGAUCAGACUGCCCACAUUUGGAGUUAUGCCGUUCAGCUGCCGACACCCCAGCCCAUUGCCGACACUACUCAGAUCUGUGGCGAAGACGAAGUAGAGUGUUCUGAUAAAGAUGAGCCUGAUGUGGACGCAGACGUGUCCAGUGACUGUCCUACCAUCCGGGUGCCACUGACAUCUCUUAAGAGCCACCAGGGAGUGGUCAUAGCUGCUGACUGGCUGGUUGGGGGGAAGCAGGCGGUGACGGCCUCCUGGGACAGAACGGCAAAUCUGUUCGACGUGGAGACGGCAGAACUUGUGCACUCUCUGACAGGGCAUGACCAGGAGCUAACGCACUGUUGCACACACCCCACCCAGCGGCUUGUGGUGACCUCCUCCCGGGACACGACUUUCCGUCUUUGGGAUUUCAGGGACCCUUCCAUCCACUCCGUGAAUGUCUUCCAGGGCCAUACGGACACCGUGACCUCUGCUGUGUUCACCGUGGGAGAUAAUGUUGUUUCGGGCAGUGAUGACCGCACCGUGAAGGUCUGGGACUUAAGGAACAUGAGAUCUCCCAUUGCGACGAUCCGCACAGACUCCGCCAUCAACAGGAUCAAUGUAUGCGUUGGCCAAAAAAUUAUUGCCCUCCCGCAUGACAACCGACAAGUGAGAUUGUUCGACAUGUCUGGUGUGAGGCUAGCGCGACUCCCCCGGAGCAGCCGGCAGGGCCACAGAAGAAUGGUGUGCUGCUCGGCGUGGAGUGAGGACCACCCCAUGUGCAAUCUGUUCACCUGCGGGUUUGACAGGCAAGCCAUUGGCUGGAACAUCAACAUCCCUGCAUUGUUACAAGAGAAAUAAGGUCGCCGGCGUCCUUAGCUGCGUAGUUCACCAUGGACCUAUGGACUGGUGUCGCUUUUCUCCUAUUCGUCAAGCCCUUUUUGUGAGAGUUGCACCCUGGAAAGGGUGGUUUGUAUGUUCUUUUCUCAUUGUGCCGAGCUUGCAUGAAAUGUACAGCAAAAUGUAUGGUCACAUGUCUUAUUUUCAUCUUGUGUGUGUGUGUUGGCACCCUCUGGUCAGUGGACAUGAAGCCCCCUUCCCCGUAGCGCGUUGUGUGUUGUGAGUUCCUGGCGUUCGACAGAUGACAGGAGGGCAUUACGUUUGCGGAGUUCAGUGUGAACCCGUGUACUUACUGUGAGGCGUAAGCAGUCUGUGGCAUUUCUGGAAUCGUCUUACACAUCUACCUUGUCCCGGGAAGGUCAUGGAGCUGUAUAAGCAUUGGCUGGCGAUUGGCAGGUGUGAUGAGAGAUUUCAUGUUUACUUCCGUCUGAGGGUUUAGCAUGUGCUGUGGUGUAAUUCAGCUUCAACUCCAUAUUCUGGUAUAGUUGUGUAAAAUUUACCUGGAAUCGAGAAGUUAAUAACAGAAUGCCAACAUUGCAACAUUUGGAAAGUUUUUUUUUUGAAAAGGAAAAGUUUCUGCUCUUUUUAUAGAAAAUCAUGUCAAUCUCCUGAGGUCUCAUAUUAGCAAAUUCAAAAAUACGAUUCCAAUCACUGAUUUCAGAUACUAAGCAAAAUUUAAAGCACUUUAGUUUAUAGCUAUGGUUAUAAACAGUUUUUAGAAAUUUCAAAUAACUUAUCCAGUGAAUGUGACUUGAGCUUGUAAAGAAGGCCCUGCCUGCUACCUGAAAACAAAACCUUAUUUAUUUUCUACACUUUGGUUUGUGCAUUUCUAAAUGGGUUCACUUCCUUGGUGGUGUUUGAGAGCCAACAAUGCAAAUAAAUGAGUACUACCUCAAAAAUCAAUGUAUUGGGAAAACGUGGGAGUCUCACUGUUGCCUAGCUAGAGCACUUUUGACUGCCGAAUUCAGUUCAGAAGGCAAGAAAGACAAUCAUAGCAAAUGUAUCCUGAGGACGAGAGCUCUCACAUUAGCUGAUAAGGCGGUAGCGGAAACCAUUCUUCGCGGGGUACAGGAUGCUCCUGUUUCGGCAGCUGGGGCACCUCUCAGCGCCAGUCCUCCCACUGCCUGGGCGAGCCUGUCGCUCUUGCCUUCUUAGGAGUUACUGUUGUCUGGUGUUUGUGAGUUCAUGUUUCCUGCUCAGUUACAGUUUUGAUAAAGAGCCAUCUCCGUGUACUGCCCUCCUCAUUGUAAUAUUUUGAAUGUGUCUGCUUGGAGAGGCCCAGAGGGGAACAGUGGCAGUGAUCAUGGGUGCCCCCCACCUCCAGUGGUGACCGCUGGUGGAGUGCCGUCUGGCAGGGUGUGGUGUGAGCAGAGUGUGUGGGCUGUCCUCAGUCCUGUGUGAAUGCACCUCUCUCGAGGCUCCUUUUGCUCAGGUCCUGUGUGCGGUAGCUCAUCUUAGUAGCUUCAGCCCUGAAUUAUCUGGAAUGAUUCUGAAAUGACUUACAGUCUGGAAGGGAAGAAGGGCCAGGAAAAACCCAUCAUGAUGUAGUUAGAGUUGAGGUUGCCGGCUAAAGACUAGAGGACAAACAACAAAUGCUUCAGAGCAGCUCUCUUUCCAAAGCCUGGCAUCUCCCCGCACCACACCUGAGAAUGUGGGCCAGAACGUCAGUGUCCAGCCCCUGCCGACCCGAGUGCACCAUGCCCCCCGGCAGCAGAGCGCCGGUGACUUCGGAUGCUGAGCUGUGCGUCCACACUCUUGGGCUCCUGUUGUAUUUUAAUUUGAAUGUCUGAGUGUCUUAGAAUCAUUGUUAGGAACAUUGAAAAAUGUAUACAGACACAGCAAAAUCAAACUUAAGAACCAGAUUUCUGCCAGAUUAAAAAAAUUUGAAGCUUUUAACUCCAACAUUUCUGAUGCUAUUCAGUUCUCUGCAGACUAGUGCCCUCCGUGUCCAGCAGCUGCUGACCUUCUCGCUAGCAGGAGGGGCCAGCCUCCUCCCUCCUCACUUCUCCACGGGGGCACGGGCCUCAUGGUGUUUGCGUGCGGUCCCAGGAGCAGGACACCCUACUGCUAAUCACCGCGUUGUCCUCGGACAUGGUUCCGUUCAGCUGCCGCUGUGGCCUUGAUGGUGUUUUCAGGAGUCAUGGAGAUUUGGGAUAGGGAGUGCAUGUGUGUGUGUGGAUGUGUGUGCGUGUGUGUGAAUGUGUGUGAGUCUGUGUGCAUGGAUGUACCUGUGUGGCUGAAAUUAAGCCAUGUGAUCAGCCACACGUGAUCUCAUCUGAAAUAGUGUUUGGAAAUGAGAGUGGUUUUGUCCUAUGUGCUCACAUGUCCAGAAUUUCAUUUUUAAUGGAAGGAAAAUGUGUGGUUACUGGAAAAUGUGUAUUGAUAGAGAAUUUCGUAAGAACUAUGUUGUUGGACAAAACAGCACUCUUUCUCAAACCACUGCACAUCAGUUUCUGGAGAGACAAAAAUUCUGUACAUAUUUUGGAAUUUGAAGAAUCCUAUGUAAAUCAUUUGUUGCUUAAAUCUGUGAAAAACAAGUUUUUUUGGGGGGAAGUAUGCAUUUAUAAGUGUUGUGUAGAAGCAAGUGUUUUUAAUGUAUUGAUGUAAUUGUUUUUAAGUGUUGACUGUCUUCAUUGCAAUAUGAAAUUCAUUAAAAAUCCACGUUCCUUAA